UUCGCCGUACGCGUACACGGCGCUCGCCGAUUGUCGUGCACUGCAAUAGUAUACAGGCCGCGGUCUUCGUCGGUCGGGUGCUGCAGUCGCGAUUCGUCGUUCGCGUAUUUCAGUGAUAUAUAAUAUUUCCGUCCGAAUCUGUCGUCGUUUAUUAAAAUUUUCGAGCAAUAACGACCGACGCGAGUGAUUUAUCGCGCACCACGCUCUAAAUAACUACAACCGUUUUCGGACGAUGUCGUGAUCAUCGAUCGUUGUUGGAACUCUGUGGUCGUCGUCGUCGUUUUAAAAUAUGCGUUCGCUCUGCGAUCGGCCAAACUACUCGAAUAAAGUUUCACCGUCUAUUUUGCUGUUCGUCGUAUACACGAUAUUAUAAUAUAAUAAUAUAUUAAAUUAAUUUGUGUGUACACGACCUGCACGCCGAGCGGGAGGACUGCAAAUCUAAUAAAAUGAGUGACAAGACUUUGGACGAAGCGGCCGUUGAAGACACGGUUUGCGGGGUAUGGUUUUUUAAGCCUAAGUGGCUUCAGAUAUUUGCAAGCAAAAAGGUAUAUGUUCUCGUGUACGGGCUGUUGGGGCUCAACCAAUUUAUGUUGUCUUCGUACUUCAAUGGUACACUGACUACUAUGGAGAAGAGAUUUAAAUUCUCUAGUCAAAUGAGUGGUAUUAUUUCGAGCACUUGGGACUUGUUUUCACUCAUAUCAUUUAUGGUCACGUCUCAUAUGGCUGGCAGAGGACAUAGAACGCGUUGGUUGGCUAUUGGUUCAUUCUUCGUCGGUCUUUCCUGUUUUGUUCGUCUCCUGCCACACGUUAUUUAUGGACCAGGUGAAGAUAUCCUUCAGUACACUGUCGAAUACGGCAACAACGUGAACUCGACUUCUUUACUUAGUAACAUAUCGCGACAAAACGAGAAAAUCUGUGACGGACAACCACUAUACGAAGACUGCGAUAACAAGCAAUUUUGGAACGUGGCUGCUUUCAUAUUGUGCGCUGCGCAUGCGAUGCUAGGCUUGGGUGGUUCAUUGUACUGGACUUGCGGUGCGGCGUACUUGGACGACAACGUUCGCAAGAAUGCGGUACCUUUGCUAUUAGCGAUCGUCCAGUGCAUACGAAUGUCGGGUCCCAUGAUGGGCUACAUGUUGUCAGCGUACACGCUGACUUAUUUCAUUGAACCAAAUCUGACGCCGACUAUAACCAACGAAGAUCCGAGGUGGAUUGGCGCUUGGUGGAUGGGUUGGACGCCCAUUGGUAUUACUUGUAUAGUUUUUUCAAUUGUGAUGAUGUUUUUCCCAAGAAUGCUUCCAAGGGCAGCAGCUCGUAUGGCAAAAGAACCAAAAGAAAAAGUAGAAAAAAUUUCGACCGAUUUUAAAACGUCUUUGAAACGGAUUUUGUCAAACAAAAUACUAGUGUUUAAUUCGGCGAGCAACUCAUUCUUCGUGUUGGGCCUGAUUGGAUAUUGGACAUUUAUGCCUAAGUAUAUGGAAACUCAAUUCAGACAGACGGCAGCAAAUUCCAACUUUGCUUCUGGUGCAAUUGGCAUUUUGAGUUCUGGUUUAGGUAUUGUGACAUCCGGCAUAGUCAUAUCGAAAUUCAAACCAUCAGCGAGAUCACUGGCAAUGUGGAACUUCAUUACAGAAGCUUUGGAAGUGGUCGGUCACUUCGUAUACAUAUUUCUUGGAUGUGCAUCGGAAGAUUUACACGGACAGUGGAACGCGGACAAAACAUGGAACUUGACGAUGGACUGCAAUGUGGGCUGUAACUGUGGAAAAUCGAUGAGUUAUAAUCCCGUCUGUUCGUUCGACCGAUCAACCACAUUUUAUUCGCCAUGUUACGCGGGAUGUACUCUGGAAACGGUUAUCGACGGUGGAAUUAAGGCUUACAGCAACUGCACCUGUAUUGGUGGCGCAGGUACAGCCACUGAAGGGGUGUGUCCGGUCGACUGCGGUUACGAUUUCAUCAUAUUUCUUGCUUUGAUGGGCGUAAUGCGGUUUUUCUCCUCCACCGGACGUUCUGGCAACACCAUCAUUCAGUUCAGGUGUGUAAAACAAGAAGAUAAGUCACUAUCGCUGGGUUUCUCUGAAGUAGUAAUGGCCUUGGUGGCGUUUAUGCCCGGUCCUAUAUUGUAUGGCACGAUUGUCGAUGCCACUUGCAUGGUGUGGGGUGGUAAAUGUGGUACCAACGGUAAUUGUUGGCUGUACGACGGUAUGCGGCUGAAGUACUAUUUGAACUUUACAGGAGCUAGUUUUCUGUUGAUCGGUACGAUACUGGAUAUUGGUGUUUGGUAUCACGUAAAGGACCUGAAGAUCUAUGAUGCCAGUGAUGGUGACGAAAAACCUGCUCGCGAAUAACAAUAACGAUAUUAAGAUUGACAAAUCGAAAAAACGGCGUUGAUGUGUAAAACAAGAGCUUAUAUGUUGUCAUAAACUAAUUAUCAAUAUACUGUACAUUUACUAUUA